GCUCUCUCACUCCCUCCUUAUUAUAGACACCAUCACCAUUCCCCUACCUACCACUAGUACCUACAACACUAUACACACUAUACCCUCCACUCAGACAAGCACUCCCUAACUAGCUACUUCCAUUAUCAUCAUCAUCAUGUUGCAGCAGCAUCAGAUUGGGAAUAUGGAGAACUCAUCAGAGCUGUUCCAAUUCCUUACUGGCACCAACAACAACGCCUCCUUCUUUGAGGCUCAGCCACCAUCGGUGCAGAACAGCUUUUGCAGUUCCUCUAAUAACAACUAUUACCCCUUGGAAGUGUCUGAAAUUACAGAAGCAGCACCCUCCCAGCAAGAUAGAAACCUAGCAGCUAUGAGGAACCACAAGGAAGCUGAGAAGAGGAGGAGGGAGAGAAUUAACUCCCACCUCGAUGCCCUUCGCACCCUUCUCCCUUGUAAUUCCAAGACAGACAAGGCUUCACUUCUUGCAAAGGUUGUCCAGCGAGUGAAGGAGCUGAAGCAGCAAACAUCUGAAAUCACCAACCUGGAAACUGUUCCAUCCGAAACAGACGAGAUCAGCGUCCUCUCCAGCGGUGGCGCCGGCGAUGGUAGGCUCAUAUUCAAGGCAUCACUGUGCUGUGAGGACCGCUCCGACCUCAUCCCGGACCUCAUUGAGAUCCUCAAGUCACUUCAUCUGAAGACCCUCAAAGCUGAAAUGGCCACACUCGGAGGAAGAACGCGCAACGUUCUCAUCGUCGCAGCUGAGAAAGACCACAGCAUUGAAUCCAUCCAUUUCCUUCAGAACUCGCUCAGAUCAUUGCUGGACCGGUCCAGCUCCGGCGACAGAUCAAAACGUCGUCGUGGGUUAGACCGAACAAUGAUGGCAUGACUUACCAACAUGCAAAAUGAGGACAUUUUCAUUCCAUUAUGUGUCAUUUCAGUGCGUAUUUGGAUUUCGUUGAAUUUGUCCAACCUCAACGCUCACAAAGUUUUGCUUCUUUGUUCGUAUUUUAGGAUGUGACUCAAACUUGAAAACAUACAUGCUAAAGUAUAGAUGGAGAAGCAAAAUUUUAGUAUGAGUUCAACUAGAAUCCGAGCACAAAUGUAAUGUUUAGGUAUUUUGAGUAGGAUGUGUUCAUGGGUUUUAAUUUUUAGGUCUCUACAUGUAAAGGGAAAGGUGGUCAAUAAAUGUUGUUUGAGAAUAUUUAUGAAAUUUGAUCACAAACAUAAAAUCAAUUCUGAUGAGAAA